AGAUUUUGGCGGAAGGGAGCGGCUUGCGAUCAGCCAGCACUUUCGUGUUGUAUCGACCUCUGUUUUCUGACGUCUAUCUACCAACCUGCUCAGUGAUUCAAGUUUAAUAAGUCUUUUUAUAUUAUUACAAAGGUAACAGAAAAGCUGCAACCAUGUUUUCAUGGAUGAAAGGGAGCGAUUCUAACAAAAAACACCCUCAAGUGUUCGCCUCAGUUGUCGAUGGUUUGAAGAAAAUGUACAUGAAGAACCUCAAACCAAUGGAGGAAUAUUAUCUAUUCAAUGACUUUCAUUCACCAUCCAUGAGCGAGCCGGACUUUCACGCUAAACCGAUGGUUCUACUAGUCGGACAGUAUUCUACAGGCAAGACAACAUUCAUUAAAUAUCUACUAGAGCAGGAUUUCCCCGGAAUCAGGAUUGGACCGGAGCCCACCACCGACAGUUUCAUAGCAGUUAUGCAUGGUGAUAGUCAACAAGUGAUCCCUGGAAAUGCUCUGAUUGUUGACCCGAAUAAACAGUUUCGCUCCCUCAGUAGUUUUGGUAAUGCUUUCCUAAAUCGGUUCUGCUGUUCUGAGCUUCCUAACGAUGUGCUUAACAGUAUAACGAUAGUUGAUACUCCAGGCAUCUUGUCUGGCGAGAAGCAAAGUGUUGCACGGGGAUAUGAUUUCACCGGCAUCCUCAAGUGGUUUGCCGAGCGCUGUGAUCGCAUCAUUCUACUUUUCGACGCACACAAACUUGAUAUCUCUGAUGAAUUUCAACGAGGCAUCGAGGUCCUGCGUGAUUAUGAUGACAAAAUCCGUAUAGUGCUCAAUAAGGCUGACAUGAUCAAUACACAACAGUUGAUGAGGGUAUAUGGUGCGCUGAUGUGGUCUCUCGGAAAAGUGAUCAACACCCCAGAGGUUGCACGUGUCUACAUUGGCUCAUUCUGGAACCAGCCUUUACAAAUGGAUGAUAAUCGCCGCUUGUUUGAGAUGGAAGCUACUGAUUUGUUCAGGGAUAUCCAGGAGCUACCCCGUAAUGCUGCUCUGAGGAAGCUGAAUGAUUUCAUCAAGCGUGCAAGACUUGCUAAGGUCCAUGCUUACAUCAUAUCAGAAUUAAAGAGUCAAAUGCCAUCAAUGUUUGGAAAAGAUAAAAAGAAGGACGAACUGAUCAAGAAACUGACAGAUGUUUAUCAGAAGAUCCAGAGGGAGCAUAAUAUAUCUCCUGGAGACUUCCCACCGGUUAGUAAAUUCAAGGAGCAAUUGAAGCAGCACGACUUCACCAAAUUCCACACCUUGAGGGCCAAGCACAUAGAAACCCUCGAUCACAUGCUGGCUCAUGAUAUACCUAGACUUAUGGCAAUGAUUCCCCAUGAGACUACUGAUGAUGCUAGUAAACCUUCUGUGUCUGGGGGCGCAUUCGCAGUCCAUCACGCUACCAAUAACCCAUUUGCAAGUGGUGCUUGUGAGGGCGUGGCUCUGGGUGCUGGCACCGAUACUUGGGUUGUGGAAGAUUUCAAGCCAAAAUAUGAUGAACUUUUUAAAACUCUUGGACCUGUUGAUGGCAAACUUUCAGGUGCAAAAGCCAAGAAGGAAAUGGUCAAAUCCAAACUUCCAAACACUCAGUUAGGUCGUAUCUGGAAGCUUUCAGAUAUCGAUCAUGAUGGUUGCCUUGAUGAGGAUGAGUUUGCUCUUGCUAUGUAUCUAAUAAAGGUCAAACUUGAAGAUAAUGACAUUCCAGAAGAGUUGCCAGUUCACUUGGUACCACCAUCUAAACGUCAACUACAGAACUCAGCAGACCCUAUUGAAUAUGACUAAAGUCAGGGAAGGCUUUUACCAAUUAUACUACUGGAAAUGAUAGUAUAUUGUCCAGAACAGGACAGAUAAAGGAGACAGCGCACCAACAUCCUCACACACCGGAUUUGAUAUUAAUUACUAGAUUUUAAUGGCUUUUUUAGCCUUGCCGUAUUGAUUUUCAGAAAUAUGUAUACAAUCAAAGGCCAAUUCUGUAAGGAAUUUUGUCUUAUUUAUAUGUCCUUUAUGUGUUUCAAAGGCUUUAUGUGGUUUUUGGAAUAACUGUUUUCUAGCCAAUCUAGAAUUAUAAAAGGUACAGCUGGUAUAAACAUUUUUUAAAUCUUUGCCACAAUUUUCAGUCAUUGGUUAUCAGUUUGGGGGUAAAAGAUUGGGAAAUGAACUAAAAAUAUAUAAAAUUGAGAAAUUGUUUUGAUUUUAUAUAAAAUGGAAUAUACAUCCAUUAAAAAGUUGUUAGAAAAGCAAGCAACAGUCCAGAUUAUUUUAAUUUACCACUAUGAAUGACAGUAGUAUCUAGUUUAAAAAAUAUGUCCAUGAAGUGAAGGUCUUUCUCUAAGAAAUUUAUAUGCAGAGUUGUAGCAGGCCUCAAAAUAUUGGGAGAGGGGAUGAUACAGAAGCAUUAAGAAAAUAUUGGAGGCUCAGCCAUGCCACUAUUGUUUGUUUCUUUAAAUUUAUAUAUUUCAAUAUUGGUGGUGGUAGAGGGGAGGGGACAUGUGUCUUUCCUUUGAUGAUAAAUGUUGUAUUAAGUUUUGUUUGGACUGGUUGUGUUGAUCCUAAUAUCAAAUAUAAAUAUAGAAGAUA